UUGUCCUUGACGUCAUAUGACGUUGACGUCAUUUCCUGUAAACAAAGUAUACCUGAUGAAGACUUUUGAGUCGAAACGUUGUAUAUUUUUCAAAUAAAAUAAUUACAUUUUUAAAUUGAAACUGGAGUUGAUUUCUAUAUUCAAUCUUACAUAAAAAAGUAUAGACAGUGCACACAUAUGUGUCAGAUAGGAGUGACAUGGAGCAUUUGACUAUACUUUUAAAGAAAAAGGGGUAUGAUGCAUAAGUAAGGACAGAUGGUCAGGUGGAUUAGAAUUAAAUUUUCAUGUGGAUCAUAAAGCCACUUUCAUUAUUUAAUAUUAUUGUACACUAGGAACACACAUGUAUACCUCAAAAGUCUGAAUAAUUGUUUUUAAAGGUAUCGCUAAAAACAUUGAAAGAACCUUUCAUCCGUUUUAAAUUCAAGCAUUUGGACUUAGAAUUAUAAUUUGGCAAUCAGAAAAGCUGGACAUUCAUUUUUUAAAAAGUUAAGUUUAUCAAAAUAUUUUGAUAAUGUCGAUGUUGAGUCGUGAGUCGUUUGAUCUCCCAGAAACUGCCCCGUCAGAGGAGGAAAUGCAUCUGCUGAUGACGGAAAAAGCUCACGAGCUGUUUAAAGUUUGUGACAUAGAACUUAAAGGAUUUAUAACAAAACGUGACAUGCAGAGAUUGCAGAAUGAGCUCCCUUUAUCACCAGAACAACUUGAGCACGUGUUUGAUUCCCUCGAUGAUGAUGGGAACGGUUUCCUUACUUUAGAAGAAUUCACUGAUGGUUUUGGCAGUUUUCUGGGUAUAAAGUGUGUAGAGGAGCCAGCAGAGAUGAUGGAGACAACUAAAACAUACACAGAUGAACAUGAUGAUAUAGACCCUGCAGAAGAGGCACUCAACUUUAAACAAAUGAUGCAAAAUGUUGGAGCAAAUAAUCUGUUUGAUGAUGAAUCAACAAUACAAGGUUUAUGGUGCAGAUUGAAAAGGGAUGAUCCAGAUCUUGCCACACAUUUUGAAGACUUUGUUUAUCGUGUGUCUAAUGAAAUAAGAAAAUCUAAAGUGGACUUUGAUACUCUAGAAGGGGCACUGAGAAGUAAGACUUCAGCACAUGACGAGGAGGUGAGAAAACUGUACGAGGAAAUGGAGGUACAAAUUAAACAAGAGAAAGAUAAAAUUCUACAUGAGGAGAAAGCAAAAGAACGUCAGUUGAGGGAAGCCAUGGAGAAUGAAAUAUUUGAGAAAGAUAGACAACUACAAGAACUCAUGGCAAAACAUGCAGAGAUGGAAGAGAAAUUGGGUUUUUUGAACACCAUAGAAACAGAAACAAAAAUUGAGAAUGAGAAAUUAGCCAAGGAGAAAGAUGACCUAGAGGACAUGUUAAUGAAGUCACAGUCUAGCUUAGAGGAAUCACAGGCAUACAUUAACCAACUACAACAACAACGCAAUGAUGAUAAAAGAGAAAGAGCAAAGGCAGCUUUAAAGUUAUCAGAGGGUAUUGCUGUGGAAAGAGAGACACUUGUCAAACAACUGGACAUGCUAAAAAACAUGAACAGAAAACUACAGGAUGAGAAAGACGAAGCUGAUAUAAGGCGGGAUACUUCAUUCCAUAACAGCAGUAUCGCCAGUUUGGACCAAGAGAUGGAGGAGCCAAGCCCGCGGAGUGAAAAACCGAAACUUGGCGACAUUGAUAGGCAGGGAUCAGUACUCGGAAAAUAUUUCAAUCCAAAAAGAAUUCCAAAACAUUUGUCUUGCUCAGAGUCAAUCACAGAAGAAGACGUAAGGGCGGAGGAGACGGACAGACUGACGGACAUUGAUGACGGAAUUGAAUGUGACGAUGACAUUUAUAUUGACGGACAAGCACCUGCAUUUAUACAUCAUAGUGGUGAUAGUAUCAAUCAUAGUAGAAAAGUUCCACCAUCACCAUGGCAACAGAGAGUAGCAAAACAAGGAGACACAGCAGAUAGUGACCUUGACUGUAUAGAUGGAAGUUCUACAGAACCACCUCAAUAUAAUGAAAGUUCUGCUGCAGCACCAAAGUUUGACCAAGUUGCUUACACUUCAUCAGCCGUCACACAUUUCGCUCGACUUUCUGAAAGUGGAUCCAGGGUACAUUCUCCAAAUGUUCAAAGAGUACAGCCAGUUGGUGCUGAUGAGCUUACAGAAUCUGAUGUACAAGCUGGAGUAGAGUCUCCUCCAUUACAGAGAGUAUUUAAAGUAGUGUUUGUGGGAGAUUCUGGUGUGGGCAAGUCCAGCUUCAUACACAGAUUCUGUAAAGGUCAUUUUAAAGCAUCCUAUGCAGCAACAAUAGGUGUAGAUUUUCAAAUAAAGAACCUGCCAAUGGAGAACAUCAUGAUAGUGUUACAACUAUGGGACACAGCCGGUCAGGAAAGGUUCCGCAGUAUAACUAAACAAUACUUCCGGAAGGCUGACGGUGUUGUUAUAAUGUACGAUGUUACAUCAGAGACAUCAUUCACCAAUGUUAGAAAUUGGAUGACUAAUGUUCAGGAUGGUGUUAGUGAUGAAGCAGUUCUUGUGUUGCUAGGCAACAAAAAUGAUCUACCAGAAGAUGAUGAGGGGAAGGCAGUCAAAAUGAAAAAUGGAUCCCAAUUGGCUGAUGAAUAUGGUUCUUUAUUCUAUGAGACCAGUGCACUCAGUGGAGAAAAUGUUGACAAUUCUAUGGUAGCCCUGGCUAGGCUUUUAAAAGACAAAGAAGAUAAAGAAAUAGAGAAAUCGCUUCAUUUAGAAGAUGCUCCGAAAAAGAAAGGCUGCUGCAGUUGAUGCCUGUUUUGCUAACCUCUGUUGAUUCAAGCAGAGAGUACACCUUUCAUUUAUUUGAAGUGGAAUAUAAAUUUACAUCUAAUAAUACACAUAUUAAGAAGAUACAAGCUUUGAAGUUCACAUUAUUUAAUGAUUUUAGGUUAUAGUGUUCAGUACAAUACAGAGAUAUAUUGUUUUGGCUCAUACUCAUCUGGAGAAACCGUAUUGGACUAGCUACCUGGUGAGUUAAGUCUGGUUUAUUUAGCUGGGUACAAAUCCAAAAUGAAUCACGUAAUGUACAGAACAACUUGUUACAUGAACUUUUUAUUCUAUACCUAUUUUAUCAUUUGGUUUGCGUAGGAAUACAUUUUGUUCAGUCAGUGGACAUAAAGAAGUCUUGUGAUUGAUUAGAUAAAUUAGGUAUAGAAUAAUACAUCAGCAUUAUACAUUUAGUUUUUUCUAUCCCUCAAUGACUGUCCUACUUAACUAAUUUUUCAAUAUAUCAUAUACGGUACAUGUAUUCAUUUGGAAAGAGGUGUACUGAUUCAGGCUCUUUUGUCAUUCCUCCAUGUAUUGACAUUUUUAAAUUUUCAUAGAAUUUUUAUAGUAAAAAAAUCAUGAUGGGUGAAAUUGGUCAAAGAAAAACAAGAAAAAUUAUGUCAAAACAUGUGCUGAAUCAUUAUGUUGUUUCUAUUAAGUUAAGAAAAGAAAAUUAUUAUGAUUUCCAUCUUUUAAAACUGGGAAAAGACGUAUCAGAUUUAUCAUUAGUUUGAACAGAGCCAUUUAGUAUACAUCAUUAUACUUGUACAUUUGUAUUUUGACAUCUUUGAUUUGAACUAUGAUCAGACUGUUUUGACAUGAAGCUGAUAACUUGUUAGGUAGGAGUUUAGUUGGAAAUUCAUUGUAAUUAAAACAUGAAAAUAACCAUUAACUUACACACAUAAAGUGAUAUACCUGAUACAAUUACUGGAUGUACAUACAUGUAUAUAGGAUGUAUAAAUGCAGGGUAGAAAUUUCUUAAUUAUUAUUCAAAUAAUUUUUGUGCAAUAUUUCCUAGCUUUCUUUUAAUCUUAUUGUAUAUUAUAUUAUGUACAAUGUUUAUUUUAUCUUGCAAUUGAUGUUAAAUUGUAUUUCAUAACAGUUUUAUUGAUAUGAAAUUACAUCAUUAUUUUAUUCUUUUUUCCUAUAUAAUUUAAUUCUUACUUCAUUAUGUUAAUAUAAAAAGUGUAAUCAAUGACAAUAAUUUAAGAUUGUUGUCAAUUUUCUAGUUUGUAUGAGAAUGAUUAUUUAAGUUAUUAAGCUUGCUUUAAUUAUGUUGUGGCAAGAUUUACCUGUGACAAAACGAGAAUUAUGUACAGGACUUUUCUUUGUUAAUCAGCAGGCUUUGAUGUUGAGAUUUGUGUACAUUUAUUUACUAAAACUUAUCUAUCUGUCAAUAUAAUUCUUAGAAUCAUUUAGUAUUCAGUUGAUAUUUCCUUAAUAAAUUAUAAUUUCUAACUUAAGCCUUACAACUUAGAGGGAAUGUUAUGUAAUUAAUGUUUUCUGAAUUUAAGCCUCGUUCUCAUAAACUUCAUUCAUUUAGUAUUAUCUGAAUCUGAAUAACUUUAGCCUUACUACUUUAUUAUUCAGAAAAUGCCAUAAAUUUAGUAUUGUUUAAAUUAGCCUUUCUAAUUUAAAAAUUGUUCCUUGUGGUCCAGUAAUUAAAGUCACAGACAGAAAUAUUUGCAGAUCACUGCUCUUACUUCUUCAAAGAAGUUUUACUCUUUCAUGUGCUAUCCAGUUAGGGUUAUGGAAUGUCAGUAAUUCUGCAUAGGUUUCUGCUCAUGUUUGAAAUAAUGAAUGGAGGGUCACUAGAGGUCUUUCUCCCGUCAGUAAAGCUUAAAUGGCACUAUGCACUUCUGUGUGACAUAAAAGUAAGCAAAAAAAGAAAAACUUGCUUCACUUCGAAGUAUAAAUAAGACCAGGGGAAAUAAAAACUCGUGUUAAUUUGCUUUUUGAAUGAUCAGCAGGUAUAUAGACAGUAGGGAGGUUAGGCAGAAUUUGUACAAGCUGUUGACAUGUGUGCAUGUUAAAAUUCCAGGUGUUUUAUUUCUAAUAUGAUGUCAACCAUAAUGUGCUUUAAUCUUUAUGAUGUUAUACACUGCUUUUACUUAUCAUUUUAUUCUAUGCUUUCUUUAAAGAUAAAAUAGCUCUAUGUAUGUUUCAUGUUUUUAAAAAUUUGUUAUAUUCUAACAUAUAUUUUUAUUGUGAUCUCGUUGAAGUUUGUCUUCCAGAAUUUUAUUUUUAUUUACAUAGUUUUAUCUUCAAUGUAUCUAGAUGAAAAAAAUAUUGAAUAAAAUUUGGUUUAAAAUCUUCA